GAAGUAUAUUCAUUUUUAUUUUUAAAAAUUAACAACUUUUUAUUGGGACAACAGAAAAUUAUUAAAUGAGGAAAAGAUUCCUUAACACCUAAAAUAAUAUUUUUACUAUCCUCCCUACUUUCAGCAUUUUUUCUGCUAAUUUUGAGUGGAAGAAAAUUAUUAUAAUAUAUUUGUUUGUACUAAAAAAUCUUUCCUCAAUUCUCUUCCAACUUCCCCCAAUUUUACUCUCAAUUUAUCACUGCGCAAGUAUGUGUUCAAGUCUACUGAUCAACAACGUUCUCUUGUAUAAAUAAAAAGAAGAAGAAUAAAUAAAUGUUUGUCUACUUGAAAAUAAGCUAACUUUUUUUUGUUUAAAUCUUUCAAUCAACUACAUAUUUUAAAUAAUGAAUGAAUGGCUUUUCUUGUGCUAAUACCUCUUCAAUGGGCGCGACUUUAAUGUUUUCUGCUUUUGUUGCCAAUUCUAAAAUCGACUUUACUUUGACUUUUGGCUUAAAAAACUUCUUUUUUUUUAUUUAAUUCAACCUGGCAAAUAUUGAGUGACAGCGUGUCUAAUAUUAUUCUUCUUCCUUCUUUCUUCUACUUUUUUGCCAAGUUCCUGAAUUGACGGGUUAAAAGCGCAGAAAAAAAUAAAAUAAAGAGGAAGGUAUUGAACACUUCAACCUUUAUUUUAAAACAACGAGGAAGGAUUUUUAUUCAAAAAUUCUUUGAUGUUAUCUACUUGUAUAAGAAAUUCUGUAACAACUUUAAAUAUGCAACAAUACAACAAAAACAAUUAUAAUAAUUACAAUUUAAAUAUUUAUUUUCUUUCAUUUUUUAUUUGUCUUCUUUUUAUCUUCAUUUCAUCUUCUACAAGCCAACAAAAAUAUAUUAAUAAUAAUCCUUCCCAAUCAUUUAAUCUUCUCCCUCCAAUUAAUCAACAACCAAAAAUUCAAAAACAACAUCAUCAAAGGAGACAUCCUUUAAUCUUCUCUUCUUUCUCCUCUUCCUCCUCUUCUUUAGUACCUCAAUAUACUCGUUUUCCAUUAAAUAUAGUUGUUGGUUUACCUACAGAUGCUGAUGAUAAUCCUUUACGUAAUCCAUAUAAAUUAAGUAUUGCUAAAGCUCAACCAGUUUUUGAUGUUGCAAUUGAGGAUAUUAUUACAAAAUUUAAGAUUCUUCCACCAAAUUCUUUACUUAUCGCUUAUGAAGAUACUCAAUUAAGUGAUGCUAUUGGCCCUCAAAAAAUAGUUAAUCAUUAUUGUAAUAAAAGUGUAGAUGCUGUAAUGGGUAUGGCAUAUGUUUUUGCUUUGGCCCCGGUUGCGAGAAUGUCACAAUUUUGGGGGAUUGGAGGAGUACCUGUUUUUACUACCACGGUUUUUAUUUAA